AUGCCUGAUGCCCCGUCAAAAGGAAGAAAAAGCACCAAUUGUAAAAAGCUAAUUUACCAAAUGAUCCAUCCCGGAAUCAUAUCAGAUUUGUUUCCUGGGGUUGUUCUUCCAAAGCCAGACUAUGAAGUUUUUCUGGAAGCACUGAAUGAUAACAUAAAAAAGAUGAAACUCCAGGCAGUGCCUUGGUUUAUUGGGAAAAUUAUCCAGAUCUAUGAGAUGAUGCUGGUGAGACAUGGCUAUAUGAUUGUUGGAGACCCCAUGGGAGGCAAGACAUCAGCUUAUAAAGUGUUGGCUGCAGCUCUGGGUGAUUUACAUGCAGCCAACCAGAUGGAGGAGUUUGCUGUGGAGUACAAGAUCAUCAAUCCCAAGGCUAUCACAAUGGGGCAGCUGUAUGGGUGUUUUGACCCAGUGAGCCACGAGUGGACAGAUGGUGUCCUAGCCAGUGCUUUUCAGGAGCAAGCAUCUUCAACGUCUGAUGACCGCAAGUGGAUUAUAUUUGAUGGGCCAGUAGAUGCUGUUUGGAUUGAAAAUAUGAACACUGUUCUGGAUGAUAAUAAAAAGUUGUGUUUGCUGAGUGGAGAAAUUAUCCAGAUGAGUCCCAAGAUAAGUCUGAUCUUUGAGCCAGCUGACCUGGAGCAGGCAUGCCCUGCCACCGUGAGCCGAUGUGGGAUGAUCUACAUGGAGCCUCAUCAGCUAGGCUGGAAGCCCUUGAAAGAUUCAUACAUGGACACCCUACCCUCCAGCCUUACUGAGGAGCACACGGAAUUGGUCAAUGACAUGUUCAUGUGGCUUGUCCACCCCUGCCUGGAAUUUAUUCGCCUUCACUGUAAAUUUGUGGUCCAGUCAUCUCCCAUCCACCUUGCCUUCUCAAUGAUGAGGCUGUACUCCUCUCUGCUUGAUGAAAUUUAGGCCACGGGAGAUGAGGAAAAUGAAUCACUUGAAGGCCUGUCAAGUCAACAGAUUUUCCUCUGGCUUCAAGGACUAUUCCUCUUCUCCUUGGUGUGGACCGUGGCCGGCACCAUCAAUGCAGACAGCAGAAAGAAAUUUGAUUUCUUCUUCCGCAACCUCAUCAUGGGUAUGGAUGAUAACCACCCCAGGCCCAAGAGUGUAAAACUCACCAAAAACAACAUAUUUCCAGAAAGAGGAAGCAUCUAUGACUUCUUUUUCGUCAAACACGGUAGUGGACAUUGGGACACAUGGGCAGAAUAUAUCACCAAAGACGAGGAAAACAUUCCUGCUAUUGCAAAGGUCUCAGAGCUCAUCAUCCCCUCAAUGGAGACAGCCCGGCAGUCCUUCUUCUUGAAAACCUACCUGGACCAUGAGAUCCCAAUGCUGUUUGUGGGUCCCACGGGCACUGGAAAAUCAGCCAUCACCAACAACUUCCUUCUCCGCCUUCCCAAAAACACCUAUGUGCCCAACUGCAUCAAUUUCUCUGCCAGGACUUCAGCCAAUCAGACCCAGGAUAUCAUCAUGUCCAAGCUGGAUCGGAGGUGGAAGGGUCUUUUUGGCCCUCCCACAGGGAGGAAAUCAGUGGUGUUUGUGGAUGACCUCAACAUGCCAGCCAAAGAGGUGUAUGGGGCACAGCCCCCCAUCGAACUCCUGAGGCAGUGGAUUGACCAUGGUUACUGGUUUGACAAGAAAGACACAAGCAGACUGGACAUUGUGGAUAUGCUACUUGUGACAGCCAUGGGUCCCCCUGGAGGAGAAAGGAAUGACAUUACUGGACGAUUCACUCGCCAUCUGAAUAUCAUUUCCAUCAGUGCCUUUGAUGAUGACGUUUUAACCAAGAUUUUCUCUUCUAUUGCUGACUGGCACUUUGGGAAGGGGUUUGAUGUGAUAUUCUUAAGGUAUGGAAAGAUGAUGGUACAGGCUACCAAGACAAUUUGUAAAACUGCAGUAGAGAACUUUUUGCCAACUCCCUCCAAGUCACAUUACGUCUUUAACCUGAGGGACUUCUCACGAGUGAUCCAGGGGGUACUGCUCUGCCCUCACACCCACCUGCAGGAUGUAGAAAAAUUGGUCCGCCUUUGGAUACAUGAGGUUUAUCGAGUCUUUUAUGACCGUCUGGUUGACAUGGAAGACAGACAGGUGUUUUUCAACAUGGUGAAGGAAACCACCUCCAAUUGCUUCAAGCAGACCGUGGAGAAGGUGCUUAUCCACUUGUCACCCACUGGAAAGAUAGUUGAUGACAACAUUCGUAGCCUCUUCUUUGGGGAUUUCUUCAAGCCAGACAGUGAUAAUAAAAUCUAUGAUGAGAUCACUGACCUGAAACAGCUGACAGUGGUCAUGGAGUACUACCUGGAAGAGUUCAACAAUGUCAGCAAGGCUCCUAUGUCCUUGGUCAUGUUCCGGUUUGCCAUUGAACAUAUCUCCAGGAUCUGCAGGGUCCUGAAGCAGAACAAAGGCCAUUUGCUCCUGGUGGGGAUUGGGGGCAGCGGGCGGCAGAGUGCCACUAAACUGUCCACAUUCAUGAAUUCAUAUGAGCUAUACCAGAUUGAGAUCACAAAGAACUACACGGGCAAUGACUGGCGGGAAGACCUGAAGAAGAUCAUGCUGCAGGUCGGGGUGACCUCCAGGAGUACUGUGUUCCUCUUCACUGAUAAUCAGAUCAAGGAUGAGUCAUUUGUUGAGGAUAUCAACAUGCUUCUAAACACGGGAGACGUGCCCAACAUCUUCCCAGCUGACGAGAAGGCUGACAUUGUGGAGAAGAUGCAAAUGGCAGCCAGAACAGCAGGAGAGAAGAUCGAAGUCACUCCUCUUUCUACGUACAACUUCUUUAUAGAGAGGGUGAAAAAGAACCUACACAUUGUGCUUGCCAUGAGUCCAAUUGGGGAUGCAUUCAGAAACCGCCUGCGGAUGUUCCCUUCAUUGAUCAAUUGCUGUACAAUUGAUUGGUUCCAGUCCUGGCCUACUGAUGCCCUGGAGUUGGUGGCCAACAAAUUUCUAGAGGAUGUGGAGCUUGAUGACAAAAUUCGAACAGAGGUCGUCUCCAUGUGUAAAUACUUUCAAGAAAGUGUGAAGAACCUGUCACUUGAUUAUUAUAACACACUUCGAAGACAUAACUAUGUUACCCCCACUUCCUACCUUGAACUGAUUCUAACCUUCAAGACACUCCUGAAUAGCAAGAGGCUUGAAGUGGACACGAUGAGGAACCGAUACCUGACAGGCUUGCAGAAACUGGACUUUGCAGCUUCCCAGAACGAAUGCGAGGGGGACCUGGCCGAGGCCAUGCCAGCGCUGGAGGCAGCACUCGCUGCACUCGACACCCUGAACCCGGCUGACAUCUCACUGGUGAAGUCCAUGCAGAACCCACCCGGCCCAGUCAAGCUAGUCAUGGAGAGCAUCUGUGUCAUGAAGGGGCAGAGACCAGAGAGGAAGCCAGACCCCAGUGGCUCCGGUAAGAUGAUAGAAGAUUACUGGGGUGUGUCAAAAAAGAUUCUCGGAGACCUGAAAUUCUUGAAGAGUCUUAAGUCAUACGACAAAGACAACAUCCCUCCCUUGGUCAUGAAGAGGAUCCGAGUAAGGUUUAUUGAUCACCCAGAAUUCCAGCCGGCCGUCAUUAAAAACGUGUCAUCUGCCUGUGAGGGUCUGUGCAAGUGGGUGAGGGCCAUGGAGGUGUAUGAUCGUGUGGCCAAGGUGGUGGCUCCCAAACGGGAGCGACUGAAGGAGGCUGAGGGGAAGCUGGAUGCACAGAUGCAGAAACUGAACCAGAAGCGAGCAGAGCUGAAGCUUGUGGAAGACCGUCUCCAGGCCCUGAAUGACGAAUUUGAAGAGAUGAAUGUCAAGAAAAAGACACUGGAAGAAAACAUUGAAAUCUGCUCCCAAAAGCUAGACAGGGCAGAGAAGCUGAUCAGUGGUCUUGGUGGAGAGGACAGAUGGACAGAAGCUGCUCGCCAGCUGGGAAUCCGCUAUAUUAAUCUGACAGGGGAUGUGUUGGUGUCCUCGGGGACUGUGGCUUAUCUGGGUGCCUUCACAGUGGACUACAGGGCCCAAUGCCAGAAGGAAUGGUUGGCCAACUGUAAGGACAAGGUCAUCCCAGGCUCUAGUGACUUCAGCCUCAGCAAUACGUUAGGGGAUCCUGUGAAAAUCCGUGCCUGGCAGAUUGCUGGGCUUCCCAUUGACUCCUUUUCCAUAGACAAUGGCAUCAUUGUGUCCAAUUCUAGGCAUUGGCCUUUAAUGAUUGACCCACAGGGGCAGGCCAAUAAAUGGAUUAAGAAUAUGGAGAAAGCAAAUAAACUGUCUGUUAUCAAGUUCUCUGACACCAAUUAUGUAAGGACACUGGAAAACGCCCUACAGUUUGGCACCCCUGUCUUACUGGAAAACAUUGGGGAAGAUCUGGAUGCUUUCAUUGAACCUAUCUUGCUCAAGACAACAUUCAAGCAGCAAGGGGUUGAAUAUAUGAGGCUGGGUGAAAGUAUCAUUGAAUACUCCAAGGAAUUUAAGUUUUACAUUACCACUCGUUUAAGGAACCCACAUUACCUCCCGGAAAUUGCUGUGAAAGUCUGUCUCCUCAACUUCAUGAUCACCCCCUUGGGUCUCCAAGAUCAACUUCUUGGUAUUGUGGCUGCCAAGGAGAAGCCAGAACUGGAAGAGAAAAAGAACCAGUUGAUUGUGGAAAGCGCCAAGAACAAGAAGCAGCUAAAGGAAAUUGAAGAUAAGAUCUUGGAGGUUCUCUCCCUUUCUCAGGGCAACAUUCUAGAGGAUGAAACGGCCAUCAAAAUUCUGUCCUCCUCUAAAGUACUGUCUGAAGAAAUCUCAGAGAAACAGGAAAUAGCUUCAAAGACAGAAAUGGAGAUCGAUGAGACUCGGAUGGGCUACAAGCCAGUGGCUAUGCACUCUGCCACCAUCUUCUUCUGUAUCUCUGACCUGGCCAACAUUGAGCCCAUGUACCAGUACUCCUUGACAUGGUUCAUCAACCUCUACAUGCUUUCCCUAGCCAACAGCACCAAGAGCGAGGAACUGGAUCUCCGCAUUGAAUACAUCAUCGAAUAUUUCACCCUGAGCAUCUACAACAAUGUGUGCCGCUCUCUGUUUGAGAAGGACAAGCUGCUCUUCUCCCUCCUCCUGACUAUCGGCAUCUUGAAAGAGAAAAGGCUAAUUUCAGAGGAAGUUUGGUUCUUCCUUCUAACUGGAGGUAUUGCCCUGGAUAACCCCUACCCCAACCCAGCUCCCGAAUGGUUAUCUGAGAAGGCAUGGGCAGAAGUUGUACGUGCAUCCUCAUUGCCAAAACUGAAAGGCCUGAGGGAACAUUUGGAACAAAAUACUAAUGAAUGGAAGCCGAUCUACGACUCGACCUGGCCCCAUGAAGAGAUAUUCCCUGAACCUUGGAAGUUGCUUGAAGGAUUGGAGAGGUUGGUCAUCCUCCGAUGUUUGCGGCCUGACAAGAUAAUUCCGGCCGUUAGGGAUUUCAUUGCCGAAUUUAUGGGGAAUGUGUACGUCGAAGCUCCUACAUUCGAUCUCCAGGGAUCCUACAACGAUUCCAGUUGUUGUGCACCGCUGAUUUUCGUGUUGUCUCCAAGUGCAGACCCAAUGGCAGGCCUGCUGAAAUUUGCAGAUGACCUGGGUAUGGGAGGUGCCAAAACACAGACCAUCUCCCUCGGUCAAGGCCAAGGCCCUAUUGCUGCCAAGAUGAUCAACACAGCCAUCAGAGAUGGGACCUGGGUGGUCUUACAGAAUUGCCAUCUGGCUACAAGCUGGAUGCCUACACUGGAGAAAAUCUGCGAGGAGGUAAUUGUUCCUGAGAGCACCAAUGUGAGAUUCAGGCUCUGGUUAACCAGCUAUCCGUCAGAGAAAUUUCCAGUCAGCAUUCUCCAGAAUGGGAUCAAAAUGACCAUUGCCCCCAAAGGACUCCGGGCCAACCUUUUGCGCUCCUACCUCAAUGAUCCCAUCUCAGACCCCACGUUCUUCCAAAGCUGUACCAAGCCAGUGAUGUGGCAGAAGCUGUUGUUCGGCCUCUGCUUCUUCCAUGCCAUCGUUCAAGAGAGGAGGAACUUUGGACCCCUAGGUUGGAAUAUUCCGUAUGAAUUCAAUGAAUCUGACCUAAGGAUCAGUAUGCGGCAGAUCCAGAUGUUUCUCAAUGACUACAAGGAGGUGCCGUUUGAUGCUCUGACCUACCUAACAGGAGAAUGUAAUUAUGGAGGCAGAGUGACUGAUGACAAAGACCGGCGUCUGCUGCUGUCUUUUCUGUCCACAUUCUACUGCAAGGAAAUCCAGCAGGACCGUUACUAUCUCGCCCCUGGAGAGACAUACUACAUCCCUCCCUAUGGCUCCUACCAGUCCUAUAUCGACUACCUCAGGACCCUGCCCAUCACAGCCCACCCAGAAGUAUUUGGUCUCCAUGAGAAUGCUGAUAUCACCAAGGACAACCAGGAAACCAACCAGCUCUUCCAAGGGGUGCUGCUGACCCUCCCCAGACAGUCAGGAGGGAGUGGCAAGUCACCUCAGGAAGUUGUCGAGGAGCUGGCUCAGGAUGUACUCUCCAAACUCCCCAAAGACUUUGACCUGGAAGAGGUCAUGAACUUAUAUCCUGUGGUCUAUGAGGAGUCCAUGAACACUGUCCUAAGACAGGAGCUCAUCAGAUUCAACAGGUUGACCAAAGUGGUUCGCAGUAGCCUCAUUAAUCUUGGCCGAGCUAUCAAAGGGCAGGUCCUGAUGUCCUCGGAGCUGGAGGAAGUCUUCAACAGCAUACUCGUGGGUAAAGUGCCAGAGAUGUGGGCAGCCAAGUCCUACCCAUCGCUGAAGCCACUGGGGGGCUAUGUGGCUGACCUAGUGGCCCACCUGGCUUUCUUCCAGGAAUGGAUUGACAAGGGCCCCCCUGUGGUCUUUUGGAUCUCUGGAUUCUACUUCACACAGUCUUUUUUGACUGGUGUCUCUCAGAAUUAUGCCCGGAAAUAUACCAUCCCCAUUGACCACAUUGGAUUUGAGUUUGAGGUAACCACACAAGAAACAGCCGUGGAGAGUAACCCAGAAGAUGGGGCCUACAUAAAAGGGCUCUUCCUAGAAGGUGCCCGUUGGGACAGGAAAAUGAAGCAGAUUGGCGAAUCUCUCCCCAAAAUCCUCUAUGACGCACUGCCCAUCAUUUGGCUGAAACCUGGGGAGAGUGCACUGUUUCUGCAUCAGAACAUUUACAUGUGUCCGGUCUACAAGACAAGUGCCCGCAGGGGUGUCCUCUCCACCACAGGCCACUCUACCAACUACGUCCUCUCCAUUGAGCUUCCGACAGACAGGCCCCAGAAGCACUGGAUAAACCGAGGCAUGGCCUCCCUGUGCCAACUGGACAACUGACGCAUUUGCCUCAAAACAGAAAGUAAACAGCAUUUCAUUCUCCACGACAGCCCGGCCUUCCUUUCUUGAGAGUACUAUACCACAGUGAUGAUGUUGAUGUGAAUGUUACCUUACCUGAGCAGUUGCUAUGAACCAAGUAUUUCAUAGCAGCCCUAUAAAGCAGGUUAUUAUUAUUAUCCUCAUUUUAUGGCUGCAGAAAUGUGAUAAAGAUAAGUAAAUCAGACAAUUACUAAAGUAAAAUUUGAACACAGCCAGUGGGAUUCAAGCUUUCCUGCCUGUGGGUUUGUGUGCGCUAGGGAUUGAACUCAGGACCUUCACACUGAACUACGUCACCCAGCCGCCCUCCUUUUUUGUGUG